AUGGAAAGCAGCAAGGUCAUCUCCACUGACAAACCUACAGUCGUCAUCGAAGUAAAUUCACGGGUGAUACAAGACACUGUUAUAUUUGUUGAUGGACACGAGGCCGCAGGAAAAAAUCACAAUACGGCUAUUAAAGGAUUUUUCAGAUUACAACCAAAGGCACUGGGGACUGUCCAGAUAAUGAUUGGAGCGAUGGUCUUCAUACUUGGUGUUAUACUUACUACCAGUAUCUACAAUUAUUAUGCAAUUCUUGUCUAUAGUGGCAUAACAUACUGGGGGUCCCUUAUUUAUGUCAGUGUUGGCUCUUUGUCUGUUGCUGCGCAGAAUAAACUUCAUCCAUGUGUGGUGAAAGCCUCUCUUUUAAUGAAUCUGUUCAGUGCCAUAACUGCAGCGUUCUCCAUUAUUCUGAUGGGCAUUCAAUUAGAAAAAAUAUCACGGGAUGAGCCAACUUUAUACGUUGAGUAUUUUACUUUGCGGGUUAUUGGAAUAAUGCUGGUGUUCACCAUUCCUCAGUUCAUCAUCUCCAUCUACAUCUCAGCAUUUGCCUGCAAAGCCAUCUGCAACAAAAACUCUACAGUGGUCAAUGUGGACUAAACUAGGGACCCUGAGUUACAGUGAGGUGAUGCUACAAUCCAAAAGCUGGGAAUUGGUAUCUUAAAUAAUUGAUCCUCAUAUUUUUGUAUCUGUUCUAGUGUUACAGGCAAAAAUAUUUAUGGAUAUUUUGUGACUGAAUUUUUU